AUGUCACUCACAGCUCCAUACAAUAAUGCCAUGCGCCUCGGCCAAGGCUUCAAUACAUAUACCCAGGAAAUCAAGAUCCAGAAUGCUGUCACGAUUGAUCCCAAGGCUGUUACCAACGGAGUGGAGUCAAAGCAAGAAGCACCUGUGGUCUUGGCGGUAGCUGCUCCCAAAUCCGAGAAACCUCUAGUGGAGACCAAGAGUGAGACACAGUCCGCUCCAAAGGAAGAUGGAAAGACCAGUUCCCCAGGACCCGAGGUCAACGGAGUCGGGUCUGCGCCGUUCAGCAAUGCUCAACUGGCAGAGCAGGCAGAAGAUGCUUUGCUUGGAAAAUCCGACGGAGAUGUUGAGCUUCCUUUUGCCAUGACUAACCCACCAUCUCCACCGUCUGUUCAAAGUGUAACCUAUUCGACAAGAGCAAUUGAUAAUGUAGGCAAGUUCUAA